AGUGCAUUCACUGGCGUUCCAGCAAGACCCAAAUAGAUUAUGGCGAAUCACAUGGGUUUGCUGGUGAUCUCGUUUGUACUGUUUUCCAGGGGAAUACAUCUUAUAGGUAAGUUAUAAAUUUAUAAAGUAGAACCGAAAGUAAAGGAUUAGAUAAGUACAGCAAGGUUGUAUAUUUUUAACUAACCCACUGCGUGGCCUUGUUCGUCUUACAAUUAAUUAAUUCUCGCUAGUUUCGCAAACUGAUAUAUGAUAUAUCUAAACCUGGGACUAUAAGGUGAAAUGAGUUUAUAGACAUUACAAAUACAAACUAUGUACACUUGUACUAUUAUAUAUUUGCGACAGUUAAAGACUGCUGUGUCUGUGUAACUUUAAAGAGACGAGUUGCAGACCGGAUGGCGAUAAAGCAGUAAAUUAUUUUGUUUUGCAGUUUUGCUCGAGAUGUGUUUGUAAGCGAAUGUUUCUUUUUUCGGUGUCAAACUAUGUCCCAACUACCCGAUCGCAAAAAUUGGAAAGAUGUUUUGGGUGAACUAGUACUUUCGUGAUCCAGAAUUGUGAUCAAUUUUUCUAGUUCUUACAGUUGACUGAUAUUUUGGUCAUUUGGCUACGUUUGUCCAUCACAGUAGACAUAUUUCACUAUUUCAGUUCGCGGUAUACUACUUUCUAGGACGAUUGAAACUAUUCUUGUGUACACUAGACCGCGGAACAUUGGGAAGCGUUCGUCUGGUCCCACUUGUUGUGACACGGGUAUACAAUUCGUAAUAUUUCGUACCAAUCGUACAAACCACUGUGUUCUAUAUAAAUCGUCUUAAUUCGUCUGGUUUUGUGAGUCUGAGCGCGGUUCCGAAUUCAUCCUGUUCCGUGACGAGGUGUUACAACCAGAACAGCACUAAAACCGCUACCACGAACACUAUUAGAUCAGCAUGAUGUGUCUAUAUAUAUAUGCUAACAUUAAUUUAUAAAUAAUGAUCAGAUCGUUUGUUUAAGCAAACAAAUGUGUCACUCUAAGUAUAUUUCUAAGUCAAGGUUCUUUAAAAGACAUUUCUUCAGAAAAUGAAAGAGUGCCCCAAAGGCUCCUCAUUUAACUGAAACUACUUACAUGAAGCCAAACUGCUUGAAAGUAUGGUCGUAUAUACAAAACGCUAGUUUUGACAGAUGGAAGACAUGCGGAAACGAGUUGACUUUGUAUUGUCAUGCAUUCUCAAAAAUGAAACCUAGUCUUGCAUGGAAUCGAGUAAAAGAAAUACAUGCAUUUGUUACUGCAUAUAACAUUUUGAAACAACUAUAGUGAGUAGUGGCAAACAAAAUUAAGCAGGGUAACACUAUCUAUAGGAAGACCGACUUAACUGUUGUCUGUGUUGAAAAAAGCUUCAUUAAUUUUGAUAAUUUUGGCAGACAAACUAUUAACGAAGGGAAACAAUUAUCAGGAAAGACUCACAAAGGCCGCAAAGCGUCAUUAACUCCCCAUUUCAAUUGUGGCCAUGUAAAAGACAGGGAUAAGGGGGCAACCCUCAACAUGUAGAAAACCAUGGAAAUUCAGGCAAAGAUGGGAGAUGGGUUAAACAAAUUUAUUAUCAGUAAAAUGUGUUAAAUUGAUGCAGGAUAUUUUAUUCCAAUUCUCCUUAAAAAUUUGGGCAAACUUUCGAGUGACACCCCCGAAGGAUCUGUCCCGUACAUACUCUUGAGGAAUAAACUAAGCUUUUCCUCACACAGUUAUAUGCGUAAAUAAAGACCAUGCUGUGCAGACUUGGAAUGUCGACAAUGUGAGAGGAUAUGAGAAAGCAGGUAGAUGCAACUUUUUCAACAUGGAUGACUUUGUACUAAUGAUCAAAAGGGCCCAGCUCAUCUGAAAAUAUUUGCUUCACUACUGGGGCAAGCAAAGGGCCCACUGGGGAAAAUGCCCCAGUAGUUAUAUAUAGUUAAAAAAUGCCCUACAAAAAUGUUUCCAAACAUUAUUUUGGAAUAAUGGGAGGUUAAAAAUACUUUUUCAGACCUUUUUCGACCUCAAUUUUUCAGAAUAUUCUUUAAUAUUUAACACGUUCCGCAAUUCCAGCAUUCCGGGGCCCCCUCUAGGGAAGUUGGGCCCCCUUUCUUGACUUUUCUUUGGGGUAGUUCCGACCCUGAAACUAAUAAUGCGCUAGCUUAUAGAAGCACAGAACAAUUGAAUACAGAACCAUGCAAACGUUUGCUAUAAAAUAAAGCUGCCACGUGUACGUAUAAUAUUAUAUAGACACACAGUAAACCUUCAGACAGAAAUCUAAAACCUGUUUUGGUACAGGGUAAUAUGUAUCUCAAAAUUAUUUGCCGAAUUUUAAAUAUAAUCAAAUUAUAAUAUUAUUUGAAGUAGAAAGAAAUAGCAUAUAAAUCAUUGCAAUGGUAUAACACGAGAAAAUUUGAUUUUUUCUUCAGUUUCUUCCGAAUUUGAUAAAAAAAUUUCUUGUUGCUUACAGCUGGCAAAGAAUGUAAAUUCGAACAUAAAUACGUUUGUGGUCUUCAUGAUUGCAAUUGUCGUUAUGUCAGUCAAAAUGGAGUCAGUGUUUCAAGUCUUUAUAGACGAUUUUUGGCCAUGUUUUCAACAUCAAGUAAUGAAGGACAACUUUGUGAUAAAUGUGAUGUGUUCUGUAGUGAGUAAGUAAAUGUAUUUUUUUCUUUUACUUUUUGCACCGUUUACUGGCACGGCAGCUGCGGUCGCUUCAGUUAAUGUUCUCAACUCAAUCAACUGAGGAGGUCCCAGCUGAAAAGGUUCUUAAGCUCGUCCUGUUAACCAGGGUUAUAUACCUGUGGAGGCGAGCUGUUUAAGGGAAUUAGCAAUGGGGGCAUGAAUCGUCAGAAAAUGUUCUUGUGUCUCUGAAACACGAUUUCCUGCUGAUCUUAAGUGGUGUUAUAAAAUAUUUAUUCAGAUGUUUUCAUGUGUGCGAUAAUACAUACUGAGGGUAAUAAUUCUUCAUAUCAGGGCCUUUUUAAGAGUUCGUCCGUGGGAGAGGGGGCACCUACAAAAAGGGAUCAUACUAUACUGAGUGUGGAGAGAUAACAGAUGAUUGUUGGUGACAAAAAGUUUGGUGUGGUAUCGUAUAUAAUAAUAGGGGAGUCUUUUGGUAUUUUUCUACCCCUAAGUCCCCUAUAUAUAGGACUGCAGUUCGUGCGUUAAUUUUCUGAUACACAGUUUUUCUGAUAUACAUGCAGCGUUACAUUAUGCUGUAGAUAGACUGAAUCUUCAGUUAAGUACUUGCAUGGUAUAUUUACGUAAAUACCACAACUCGGUCACUCAGGAGGUAGGAAGCUAAGGGGACCCGACUGGCCGACCCCCACGAGGCGCCAAACUUAGGGGGGGGGGGGGACUCUCACGAGGCGUACGGUUGGCGCCGAGUGGGAAAAUUUUGAGUCUCUAAAUCGUCGGAAAUGGCAUUUUUAGAGUCUUCUCUACCUCUUUCGUUAGGCCUUUCAUUAAUUCUUUUAUUAUGAUUUAUGAUUCUAUGCUGUCCGUGAGGAGUCAGGAUGGAUUAUUACGAAAAAUGUUGUUACUGAAAUAUCGAUCACAGAUAUUUAAUUAAUAGAUAGCUUAAGAUCUACGAGUACGACGUCGACGUCAGCUAGGACGUCAGGGCUAUGCAGAGGACUGGGACUAGGAUGUCGUCCUAAUGUAGUCCCAGUCCUCUGCUUAGCCCUGACGUCCUAGCUGACGUCGACGACGUCGUAUAUCUUAAGCUAUCUAAUAUAUACUGUAUACUCAAAAACUUCUUGUUUCGAAUUCAAAUAUUUCGUUGCAAUAUUCCCCCCCCCCCCUUAAAAUAUUAGGUUGGGGGCCCGCGGCCUCCUGCCUCCUACGCCCCUGUGGUCACUAGUUGUUUAGCCGAGCCUUCCAACAACUCAAAUCUUUGGGGUCAUGAGUGGAAAAUGUUUAAAAUCUAAGGAAUUUACAACACAAUUAAUGUUUAGCAUUUCUAAAAAGACAUUUAAUUUAAAGAUAAAAGACAGGACAUAAGAUUCACAAAGCAAAUUUCGGUUACUAGAAUAUCAAACCUCCCUUCUAAAUUCCAUGUUUUGCUUAUAUUUUAGAGAAAAGGAAUUUUGACUGGGGGGGGGGGCAAAAUGGUUGAGUGGGGGGGGGGGGCUUGGACUCCCCCCAGUUAUAUAUAGUUAAAAAAGGCCCUGCUUCAAAUCUUGCGACAAGCGAAUUUGAUAAUGUUUUAUUAUUUAUUCAAAAGAUGAAAAAGACAUCUGCAGCUGUGGGUUCAAUCUGUGAAAAUAAUGACCAGAUCUCUAAUUUUUCCCAUUUGUAGAAAAUCUUUCCUUUUUUCUUUUGUAAGUACGUUAAGAUGUUUCAAAACCUUUCGUGGCUGUUUUCGUUGAUAUUUCGUCUUUAUAAUUCAAAAGAUUUUCCUUUAACCUAUAGUGCAAGUAUGUUUUUUAAUUGUGUUUCUACAUUUCAUAUUCGUAUUUCCACAGCAUGACGUCAUAACAUUGAAUAUGAUUUUUUCAUAUCAACAUUGUGACGUCAUUAAGUUAAAACUCGGGUCGACUUCGCUAAAGAUCGCUAGGACUGACCUAAGAAGGAUGAGGUGGUCUUGACGCUUACUCAAUUACUUACUUAGCCUAGACUACUUUUUGUUUACAACAAUUGUGAUAUUACUUUGUUAUCCUAACCCACCCUGUCAACUUUUCUCUGUGGGAGGAAACCGGAACACCAGGAGAAAACCUACGACUUUCGGCAGAGCGUUGACUGACUCUUUUCACAUGAGUCCGUGGUGAGAAUCGGACCCACGAUCUCAGAGGGGAAAGGCGCUUGCCCUGACGACUGCGCCACCAAAGUCCUUAAUUGAAAACGUCUUUUAUGAAAACGUCUUUUAGUUUUUAAUAACAAAAAAACUAGCUAUUGGUAUAUUUAAAUGACAAUCUGUAACCUUUAGAGAAAAACACAUCAACUGUCAUAAUGGUGCUUGUGAUAAACAAAAGGGAUGUAUUUGUCGUGAUUGUUGGACUGGUGAAACAUGCUCAAAAUACCGUACGUUCACUUGAAGAAUUUAUACUAUAGAUUAUACUAUAUAGAAGUAGACAUUACAUUCUUAGGAUGAAACCUUUCCAACGAAUAAAUGUGUAUGGGUGCUAGAUAUAAAAUAAAUUGUUUAGAAUGUACCAAGAGGCAAGACCAGUAUAGUCAUUUCAUCAUGACCAUAUCAGAAUAUUUAUUUAUUUUAUUAACUUUGCCAUUAAGUUAAUGGCAGGGUCACCACAACAGCAUACACCAGUUACUGUGGGACCUUUAAACAAAUACAUAACUAUAAACAUAUACAAUAACAAUAAUUAACGAGACAAUACAGGUAUUAGGAAUAACAAGAUUCCUGGAUUCCUUGAACUUCCUUCAUAAUUUUCUUAGGAUAUAAAUAAUUUGGAACCCCUUAUGAUGCACUAAUUUUGAAUGUUACCCAGUAGGAUAUCUUACUAACACCUUUGGGUGAUCGUUUUUUCCCUUCGUUAUCAUUAAAACACCAAAGAUUUAAUUUUCUGCAGAUAACCGCCAGCCAGAAUUUAAACAAUCACUAUAUGUUGCUGAGAUAGAGGAAAAUACCAAUGUUGGUGAUGAAAUCCUCAACGUUUCUGCAUUUGAUUAUGAUCUGGAGACAUGUGUUGAUAAACAUAAUUGUCCCUGUGGUCGUGUCAAGUAUUCUAUCAAGAAGGGAAAUGAAGAUGGAUUGUUCUAUAUUAACCCAGACAGCGGGGUUAUAAGUCUGACCAGGAAGCUGUAUGGUCAAUAUGAUCCAAUUUCUCUCACCAUCCUGGCAAAGAAUGAAGGAGAUCUAAACACGGUUGAAGAGAAUCAAAGUAACAAAGCAAUGGCUACUGCUGUUAUAACUAGUGUUCAAAAUUACGACAAUGGCGGGAGAGAACGUCGAUCACUUCACCACCGUGCACGUAGAAGUGUAUCAGUAAGUUAAAGUGUGCAUGCAUAUGGUCAGUGUUUCUAAUCUUCCAGCGUUGUUAACUUGUCAGUACCAAGACAAAUUUGUCUAUUCGGGCAAAUUUACCAGCUUAUGUGUUAAAUGCAUAAACAUUCGGGCAACCUUUCAACUGCCCCCCUUCUCCCGACCGAAAGCAUCAGCCCCGUGCAGACUGCGGAGGAGGAGCUGAGGCGAACAGAACAGAACAGAACAGAGCAGAACAGAACAGAACAGAACAGAACAGAACAGAACAGAACAGAACAGAACAGAACAGAAAAUAUAUUAUUAAGAUUGUGUUGGUAUCUCACUUGUUUGAAUAAGAUUGUGUUGGUAUCUCACUUGUUUGAAUAUUAGUUGAAGGGUCUAGUAGGUGGAAAUUAUUAUAUUAUAUACAUAUAUAAACUUCCACUCGAUAAUUUCCAUCUGCAAUUCACUUCAACUAUUAUUCAAACGGGCGAGGUGCCAACAAAAUCUUAAUAUUUACCCAUACCCUAACAUGGCAGUACCCCAGUAUAUAUACAUGGACUUGUGGUUUAUUAUUAUUAUUAUUAUUAUUAUUAAAUUGAAACCACAUUGCAGCCAGAAGCUGAAUUGCAUCUGACUAAAGUUGCAUUUUUCGCAGCUGUUCCUGGUUAGGUCUAAUAAAUGUAUAUAAAUUUCCUCUGAAAACAUUAUACCUGUAAUCCUACUUGAUAUCGCUGUGCUCAUAUCACCCCACUACAAAAUUUUUUUCACUAUGCUAAUGGUGAUAUUAGUCAUGUGGACAUCUUACCUAGAACAAUUAUUCAAUGUUUAAUUUAUUAAUUUACUUGAAAAGUAAAUUCAAUGCAUACGGAUGACCAUACGAGGCAUCACAGAUGUAUUUUCAUUUUGCAUGUACUCAUUUCAUUUCAUUUGUCUAAUUCUAAAAUUCUUUACAUACAUAUAGUAUGAUGCUUUGGUAUCAACGUUUGAAGCUGAAACCAACGAAACAUUCUUUGAUGCUAAUUCAACUAUUAACUACCGCCUGUAUUUGACUCAAAAUCAGAGUGCUUCUCCUCAUAAGCUGAGCUCAAUAAGCAUUCAAUUAAGUUCUGAGAACCUUGUGCUAUCUGGAUAUUCAGUGAAUAUUUCUAAUGCCUUUCAAUAUCUCGGAAAUACCAUCCACCACAAUACUAGUACAGUGCAGUUCACGAUGAACACUACUGACUAUAUGGAAAUAAAAUUCAAUGGAAGUGUUCGAGCAACAUCCAAUCCAUUGGCUCUACUCCAAGUUGCUUUCACUAUGAAUGCGACCGCGUCAGGCCCUGUAACGUAUGGUCCCAAAUAUUCCCCUGAACUGUAUACAUCCUAUCCUGUCAUCACGUUUGCACGUACCACUAAAGGAGGUAAUAUAUAAUCUAUUUCAGAGACGUAGGAAACAAUGCAAAGUUGAAGAAGCACCCUUUUUUACCUAAAAAGGAAACUUUUCUCAUCAUUUUAUCUAGGAAAGGGCAUUUAGGGGAAAUUUUGAGAGGGGGGAUAUGUUCCCCUCUUGAGUAGUAUUAUCUCUUCCAUGCGAGACAAGGCGUGGUUACGGAUGAUAUUGGGAGGGUUCUGACUUUCAUUCAGGAGAAUGUUCGAGUCAUGUUUUAUCAGAUGCAACCGUAUCAGAUGUGUUAGUAUACACGAGUUAAGAUCCCAUGCAUGUUCAUACUGUAAAACGAUGGCGAAAAUGUCUGUUGAAAAGCAUCUAUUGCUAAAAGUUUUUUUAUCACGUUUUUAUUUCGUCGUUUUGGCAGUUUUCUGGCCAUGCUUGUUCUAAAGCAACGAACGCAACUGAUUUUAAAUAUACUUCGCGUUACUGGAAUUUUAUUGUAAUUUCAUUAACAACGAACAAUAAACAUGUUAUUUACCGUUUAGGUCGGUCCGUAUUGAAAAAAACCCAUUUUCCCUUGGCCUCAGAAGCGUCCCUCGGCCUUCGGCCACUUGUGAGAUCUGGGGUACAGAUCUCGCAGCUAGUAAAUAACAUAUAUUUAAUAUAUUAUUAAAAUAAAUACAUUUUUAUAGUUGUAGAAGUUGAAACGACCUUGGAUUACAAAGUAAAUGUGACUUUGCCAGAUUUCGAUUUUGCAUUCAUGCUCGUGAUUACUACGAUCAUGAGCGACUUUCGUUUUCUGAGUAUUGAGAAUGUUCAACUAGUUGGUAAAAUCAGCAGCUCAGUGCAGGCUCAGAAUCCAGAUCCCAAACCAAUGAUAUACACUGGAGCAGACAAUAACAUCUCCAGUCGAGUAGUUUUGGACUUCGGGAAUAUCAAGGUAAACACAUUUCUUUUGCGUUAUUAAUAUUUCUUUUUUAUCCCAUGGCUGAUUCGUACGUUUAAUAUCGUUCAAAUAGUGUAAAAUCUUCAUUGAGUAUGUUAAAUCUCAUUGUAAAAGUAUGACGUCAUAUGGGUUUUGAAUAAAUAUCCCAACAUUACCACCCCCAUAUUACUACUAAAUUUACUGAGCCCUUAAAACUGUUAUAGCUUAAACUUUUUAUCUCUAAAUAGAUAAUCACGCUUUUGUAGUGUUUAAUCACUUAAUCAUAGUUAAUAAGUUAAUCGUCUAUCCGUUCAAAGCUCUAAGAGAUGAUUUAAUGGACUAAGAUCUCCCAGUUCAUCGUUAGUGUCCACCACUGGUGUGGUUAUUAGAAAACUUAGAAAAGUGGGAUGAGUGACGCGCAAAACAAGGGAUAUAUAAGAAACGAAUGAAAUUUGGAAGCAUAUUCUAUAUAAAUAUAUCAGUGACAUUAAAAGAGAGUAUUCUGGAUUUAUUUUUCGAUUUAUAACUCAGAUUUCAAAGAAAGAUCAAAAUGCCAACACAAUUAAACUUUCCUUCUCGGUAAAAGUGAAUGACCAUUACAUGCUUGAGAAUAGUUCAAUACAUUGGAUUGGCGUUGGCUCCCAUGCUGGAAGUAAUAUGCUUGGUGUGACACAAGAUUUUAUACAGAUUUUUAAGGUACAAUAUGACAUAAUAUAGCGCUUUCACAAGAAUUUGAUUCUUUGUUCAGAUACAGUUGCAUGACUAGCAUGUUAGGAAACGUUCAUUUAUUAUGCACGAAAUUGGUAGCGAAGAGAAGUUGAUUGGGCGACGCUUUCUUCAAUUAAUUGGUGAUUUGGUUUAUGCGCGCAGUUCACUAUAUUUUCCUUUUGUCUCUUACAUCCAGGAUGAGCCUUUUUUAUAUGCCGAAAUUGAAGCCCUCAACAACACAGAUCCACUAAUUAAAGAAUAUUUUAUAAACGAUCAAGUACAAUUUUCAUGGAAAGUCAAGCAUGGAAAUGGUUCGUAUGAAACCGCCGAGAAUGUGACAGUGCUAUUUUAUUUUCCAACAUCGGUUGUUAAUUUGGUCAGUAGCGCAAGCUGGCUUGGGAAUAGUAGUAGAAAAGAAACAAACGGAAGUGGAGGAUCAGUUCUCACAUUCACACCGGCUAACAACAAUUUGCCGAAAGGUAUGUGUGCAGCUUAUCCAAUUGAGUUAUUUAUUUCCUUGAAAUAAAAACCUUGGUAAAAAUUCCCGUCAUCUUUAGCGUAAAAGAGAACAAUACUGCAACACUUCUACUCGGUUAAACGUUUCGGACGAAUUCUCCUGCACGAAGCACUUAAGUCAAAGGGUUUAAGUUAAUUACCAAACAAACAUGUCGUAGACGUAGUGUUCCCACAAACAUAAACCAAUUUAAAUAAUAUUUAUUUGUUGACCCCCUGCAUGAAAGAUUGAAAAUCAAAAUCACAAAAUAAGUCUAUUCAGGAAUGUUAAUUAUUAAUUAAUUCAUAGAUUGAAUUAAUGACUAUAUAGCUAGAUUAUGUACAUUUAUUAUUCUCAAAUAGUUAAGCAAUGCGAAUGAGCUUGUUUUAUUUGUAAAAAUUUAUGAAUGUAAUAAAUGGAAUAAUGUCGUGAGAUGAAAUAAGGAAUAGUAUAUAUUUGAGUAUUGUUGGAAAAGUUAUUUUUCACACAUCAGCCAUGAAAAUGGUUAUAUUAAUCAAUGGUAUAUAAAGUUGUACUAAUGUCAAAUGUGUUGUUUUUUUCUCAUAGACAAUACAAUGGGUGGAAUAUUAGUGGUAAAGGUCAGUGAAACUGUUACACCAUUGGCUGACUUGAAUGUUGCGAUCAAGAUUCGUUACCAGACCAGCAAAAGUGAAGAUCGUCCAAUCAAAACAUACAAACCUGAUCCAGGCUACCUUGCAGGAGUCCCUUCGUUCUCUCUGUCAGCAGAUCCUUCCAACAUGAGUAUCAAUAUUGGACAACUUAUUGAAGUAACGCUCAACAUCACAAUUAGAAGGAUGACGCUAUAUGGAAAUUUAUUUGUGAGUGUAAAAUUGUUGUAAUCGUAAUUCUUGAUCUUUAUUCCAAAGUAGUAUGUCUUUGUCAUUUGUGGUGUACUUGUUUUGCGCAUGCUACAGGGAACCCACUAAGUAAACCUUUUAAUACUUGUUGUAGCUUGCUCUGUGCUCGGGCUAUGCUUGCUGGCAACAUAAUGCGGUUUGGGACUGGGGCAGCCUGGACCUAACAACACCGUAAUCUGCAAUAUCUUUAAGUGCUAGAAACUAUUAAUUCAGUAAAUUAUUAUUCGGCAUUUAUUUUCUGAGACUGAAAGAACAGUGUCAAUCUUAUUUUUACAAUGCAUAUUAUUUGACAAGGUUUAUCUUCCUCAACGAAAUAAUUCAGCUAUUAUGCGGUUUGUAAAGAGUCAAUCCUUCACAACCAGAUCUUAUGGAGCAAACAUCGAAGCUUCCAACUUCCCUAAUGCCAAGGCAACUUAUAAUUCAACAACUAGUGACACAACGUACUAUGAUAGUGUUGAGAUUGAUCUAGGUCUCAUUAGAAAUGUGAACAAUUCAAACGUUGCGACCGAUAAUGAUGUGGAUAAUACAAUGACCUUAACAUUCAAAGUUGUUUUGGAGGACAAUGUCUACGUAGAAGAUUUCACGAACUACUCAAUUAACAUUGGAAUGAAAAGCAGUGAAGAAACAGUGUGGAUCGGUCGACUGGAUUUUACUGCUAACGUUCCACUCAACCGCCGACCAAGACUUCAGACUAUUGCAUUGUCAAAUGGUAGUGAUAGCUUAGUUCAAGGGUUAGUAUUCAAAAUUUCUAUGUUAUUUCUAAAGUGUAUAUAUUUAUUUAUAGCAUAUAAUGUUAUUUGUUUAAAGAAACUUACCUUACUAAAACAGCAUGGACUGUUGCCGCAAAAAGUCGCGUAUUAAUUAAUUUAAUUAGUAAAAUUAUAGAUAACUGAUCCAAAACCCGUUGACAGACCACCGAUUUCCAUAGUGAAUUAUCGAGCAACUCGAAGGUACCAUUCAUGGAUUUUGGUUGUUCUCUGCCGUAUCAUGCAGAAUUUAUAUCAGAUAAUUUUUCAUAUGUUUGAAGGUGAUUUUGCUUAAGGUUUAUACUUCACAUGAUGAACGUGCGUUUUAGUCUAUUGAACAUGGCCCAACCAAUUUUAGGUGUAACUUUACCAAAUGUUUAGUGAAGAAAUUAAAGCCAAGAAAAUGCUGAUUUCGAAAAUCUUAAUUUGAUGGGUGUUCUGUUUAAACAUGUCCAGUAUUGGCCGACUGAAGAAAUAUUUAGGUAUCCCAUAAAAAAUCAAAAUAUGUUUAUAGUUUAAUUUGCCUCAACGUUUGUCUACAUAUCUCGAUUUGAAUCUUCAUAGGUAUACAGUAAAAAAAAACGUGUGCGGAAAAUUUCUCUUCUUCGAUGGUUUUUCUGAUAUGACGUUUUUAUUGACAACUUCGUGAAUUAUCAGUGACAAAUCCAAGAAUCAGGGCAUAUCGGAAAGACCACUAAAGAAGAGAAAUUUUCCGCACACGUUUUUUUUACCGUGUCUAUGAAGAUUCGAAUUGCCGAUGCCUAGACAAACGUUGAGGUAAACUAUAAACAUAUUUUUUACGAAGGUAUACCUAUGUAUUUAUUCAGUCAGCCAAUACUGAAAAUGUUUCACUGAACACCCAUCAAAUGAAAAUGUUCGAAAUCAGCAUUUUCCUGGCCUUCUUCACUGAAAAUUUGGUAAAGUUACACCUAAAAUUCGUUUCGCAAAGUCCAAUAGACUAAAACGCACGUUCAUCGUGUGAAGUAACCUUAAAGGACAUUGGCAUUAAAAAAUAGUUUGUCUCAUUCAAAAGAACUCUUAAAUUAAAAUCUAUUACCGAUUUGUCAUAUCUUGCUAUAGUUCUUGAAAUUUUUAGACCAGAAUUAAUGAGUUGUCCGCCAUCUUGAACUAAUUCUUGACUACGUAAGGAGUUGGGUUAACCCAUGAGGGUUAACCAUAUAAAAAUACAUAAAAUGACCGAGUAACAAUCCAAAAUUGUUUGAAAUGUUUUUGAAACGAAACGAAGUUUUGGACCCAUAUUGAUCGCUUACUCUCACGAUAAAAAAUUAGCGUUACCCCUUUCUUGACGUAACGGUAAUGUCUAAAAGGGAUGGACGAGAGGUAGUUCCAAAAUUGAAAUAAGAGUUUGCGUUAGUAUUAGUGUGGGGGUUAGGAUUAGGUGUGGGGUGAAGGCAAGGUUUAGUAUUGUUGCAAGUGGUUGGUUGUUGAUUCUUUCUGGCGACUAUCUUGAAAAAGUGCCUCUAGUCCAUUCAUUUUAGCUACGACCUUGACGCAAAAUGCAUAUCAUCAAUAAUCCAAGUUGGAGAACAGCUCACUUUCUUCAGUCGAAAUAUUUUGAAAACUAAGCAAGAUAUAAAUGUCAUUAACAUUUGUAAUAGAGUUCAAUAUAUAGUUUUAAGAGUUCUUUCAAAUGAACUAAACUAUUUUUUUAUUGCCAAGUCUUCCAAGACAAGCAAAGACAAGACAUGACUAAGUUGCAUGAUUAAUUCUGUUUUUUUUUCAGUUCAGUUGUGGAGUACACCUUCACAAUUUCCCAUAAAGACAACUCUGAUGCUCAUGCUAUGGAUGUGGAAGUGGUAUGGAUGUUGCCAGCGUACACCAAGUUUCUCAAAGUCAACAAAAAUUCACACCAGUUAGCAUUCACCAAGUUAGGAGAUAAUGUUAUGUUUACGGUAAUGCAACUUUUUACUCUUCAGCAUUAUUUUAAUGUUUAAAUAAUGAAUCUGCUCCGCACGUCUCUUCUCCGCCCGAUUUUUGCUUGCAGUGUACAGGCCGUUUUUCAUUAUAUACGGUCGCUUUGUCCGCGCGGGACGAAUGGCGCGUGAUUAAUUACACUCGUGGGCGGUUUCUUCCGCGGCGAAAUGCGAAAAAUAUCGCGCAAAAUGAAUUAGGUGCAGGCGCAGUAAAGAUAAAUUAGGCUUUGCGGGAAAAACAUUUUGCUUCACAUGCAAGUGAGUAGAAGUCAAUUCUACUUCCUGCGAAAGCGGAAAAAGUGGGAUAAUUCAAAAGAAUCACUCACGUGCAACCAUCCGUAUUUCGCAGACACAAUUUCUCGCGCAGAAUUUCGCCGUCGUGGAAUCAGGCCUUUUAUAAUUAUAUGUACGCCAAGAACGUUGAACGCGGUUCAAGUGCAUGAGUUCAAUUUGAUGGGGUGCACACUGAUUUAAUGAAACGGACUGAAACUGACUACCAAACUGAACGGCUAUAAGUUACAAUUCCGAACGUUUUUUUAUGCGUGACUGCAGCUCUAGUUUUUGUUUGAAUAUUUCGUAGAACGAAUCAAGAAAUUAGUACAUUAUGAGUUUGGAACGCUGUAUUAAAUUGUCAACAGUCAGUCAUAGAUAUAAUCGAGGAUUAAGGAUAUCAGUAAUAUUCCAACGCAGCAAUGUAGACUAGGGUGACAUAUGCAGCUAUUGAUUUUUCAAUUGCUUAAUUUCUUCCUGUAUGUUUCAGUUAAGCAAGCUGUGCUUUGGAGAGAAACCAAACGUAUCAUUCUCUGUUGCUAUGGAUCCGGACAAAGUCAGAACAAAACCUGGCAGGAACUAUGCUGUCACACCCGUGGCUUUAACAUACAAAAACAAGCAAACAUAUUUUGAACCUUUGUUCCCAAUGUUCGUUGCCUUUUCAGUUCCAGAUACAGGUAUACAGGACCCAGCUUCAGAUUUUUAUUGCCAUUGGUUUCACGAGUGAAGAACGUCCUUUGGCAGGGAGAAUUUGCAUUUCGAAAAGAGAAUUUGCAUUUGAAUCUUUCCAUAAUCAAUUGCAAUAAAAUGAAUAUAUAAACAACUAAGGGACCGGUCAUUAUUUAUGGAAGGGGGAGGGGAGCGAUAAUAAGGGGGGGCAUAUGUAUAAAUACGUUACUAGAAGAGGGGCUAUUAAAUUUUUUCAAGAAAAUAGGGGGGGGGGAGUGUAAUUAAAUUUGAAGGAAUUUGUUUAAUAAGCCUGGUAUCCAUUUGUUUGUGCGACUAAAUCAUUGUCAUUGAUUUGAAAUAGUCUGGAUAUAUCUAGUCUUUUGUGUGCUGUUUGCAAAUCAGUCUUUUACUGAUUGCAGAGAUAAAUUGACAAUGUGUUACUACAUCAGCUAUCUUGACAUGGUUACAAUCAGCCAGACCAAAUGGGAACCUGCAUGAUUUUAGUGUUAUAUAUAAAAAUACUCCUCUUUUAAUUAUAAUAUAAUUUAUUAAUAAGAAACAAUUUGAAAGUGGCAUUUCAGUACGUUAAUAUCUUAUCAGUUCCAUAUUCAUAUUUAAUAAUUAACACCAUAACGCCUGAGAAUCUCCAUUUGACGAGUAAAAAUGAAAAUGGGGGUGUCAUAGAAAAAUAUUAUAAUAUGUAGGGGGUCACCAUUAAAUUUCUGCUCUUUUAAGGGGGGCAUUCCAUUUUAAAAAUUUAGGAAAGAAAAAUUCCCCUCCCUCUUCCAUAAAUAAUGACAGGUCCGUAAUCGGAAUAAAACAAAAAUAAUUAAAAAUUCUUAUCUCCUAUAGAGUCUACGACUACGAUAGAGCCAACUACUGCAAGACCCAUGAAUGUAUCAGAAAAUACCGCUCCUGGUAAGACUUGAAACAUAUAUUGAUAUUUGUCCUCAUAUUGUUAUUUAUUAUAUGGACACUCAUAUAAUAAAACACUCAUAUUUGACACUCAUAUAAUAAAACACUCAUAUUUUCCAUUUUUCACAAGUGAAAUAUGAAAACAAAUAUGUGACGCGUGCGUGUGUUUCCUCGCGCGACACUCGCGAGUUUUCCCACUUUGUUUAGUUUAAAAUUUUAUCAACUUGUUUUUAUCAAGUUAUUAAAAUUAUCGAGACUUGAUGCAGAGACAUCGUUUAUUAAUUAUAAUAAUUAAAAAAUCGUUGCUUUAAUUGUUAUCAACUUUCUUUAUAACUUGCGUUUUUUAAUUCUGUAAUUAUAGGCCUACAAGUUUCAUGUGGUUGCCAAAUAAAAUCUGUUAUUAUUGAGUUUCUUUUCAUUUUUGUUUUCAUUAUUUUCUCGUGUUAAAAACAAUAUUUUACGAACGAGCGCAAAAACAAUAUUUUACUCACUCGCUGCGCUCGUUCGUAAAAUAUUGUUUUCACCACUCGAAAAUAAUAUUCAUGCAUAUCUUCUCGCCACCGUGUAACAUCCUCAAAUUCCUCAAAUUUUGAAGAUAAAAAUCAUAUUAACUCAAGUAUAAAGUAAUUAUUAGACCAAAUUGAAUUACGAACAACCUCGCCGACUUGCGCGCGAGGUUGUUGAACGAAAGAGUUAUUGAAUUAGUAAAAUGUUAUACACAUAUAUUUUUUUCAAUAGAGUUUUAUAAUCGUGGAUAUUUGGUUGACAACUCAAGUUCACCUGUGACAGUGUAUAUUUGUUCUGUUUCAUCGAAAAGGUAAUUACAGACAAAAUGAGCGCAUAGUAUAUUUUUCAUUUGUUCAUUGAAUGAUAAAUAUCUAACAAAAACGAAAUUUGGUGCUAUUUUUAGAGAUAAACCAAGCUGUUUUUGGACAACCUCUAAAGGCGAAACUUGGCAAGGUAUAUUCAUACAGGGGCGCAGCUAGACACGAUAAUUGGGGGGGGGGGGUGUAUAUUCAUAUAUUCAUGUUCACAGACCGUAAAAACAAUCGCUUUCAAGAGAAAUCCGUCGGGCAGAACACAAAUAUAUGAAUAUGCACCCCCCCCCCAAUUAUCGGUCUAGCUGCGCCCCUGAUAUCAUAAUAUUAGUAUUUGUCGAAUCAAACUUACAUUGAGGGUGUGGGGGAUGCAGCCCUCUUGCAGGCUUUCCAAGAGAGUUACAGGCAGUUCUAAUACCCUUAUAAAAUCCCUUUUGGGAGAAACCAUUAAUUUUAAUAAUAAUAAUAAUAAUAAUUUUUAAUAAUAAUAAUUACAACUUUAUUCAUCAUUUCAUUAUAUACAACAAUGCUUUUGUUAUCAAUGACUAUAUUAUAUAAUCUGUUCUUUGGGUAUAAUUAAAAAAGUGUCUAAAUGUUUGUUGAUAUGUACAGUUAAAUUUUAAAAACAAACUCUGGAACAUAUACCACUACAUAAUUAAAAUAUUUACCGCUAAGUAGCUAAAUAACUAAACUAACAUAUUCCGCUAAAUAACUAAACAAUUAAACUUUGUAUAUUGUACAAUCUAAAUUGUUUGAGAGAUAGCACUCUCGGCGUUCUCAAUGUUAAAAUCAAUGUUCCUAAUAUCAUACAUGAUUUUCCUUGCCCUUGAACCCCUCAAGCAGGUAAGUGCCGAUCUCAAUAAAACGAAUGAGGUUCUGGCUCUUAUCCAACUCAUAGUUGUCGCAUAAUCUUCUCCUUUCUUUAUGGCUACCAACUCUGCUAAUCGACUAUGGUAUCUCACACAUUCUUUGCCCAUACCGCCUGUGGUGGUGAAUACGAGUGGCGUAAAUGUUCCUUGCUCUAUUUCGAGGACUCUCCUUGCAUAUAGGCGCUUCUUCUCGUUUUCGUGUAUCUUGUAGACUUGGCGUAGCUCCAGGUCCUUGUACGAAUCAGCAUUGGGAUGACAAACCCUUACAUCAAAAAAGGCUGAUCGUUGACUUUCCCAGAACCCACGCGCACGAAUGUCGAGUCUAGCAUCAGGUGCUCUGUUGGAGCCUCCAUUUAGUUGCUCUCCCGAGAUGUCUUGUAGGACAGGCUCAACUUGGACUUCACUACAGACAAUGUUGAGGAGUUCCGCUUCCAGAUUUCUUAACUCAUUGUGGUGCAUAAUUACAAAGCCUCCACGUUUACAGAUCAUGGCAUGGUCAACCGUGAAGGUAUCCCCACAUAUAUACACAUAUGGAGGGGAUGUCAUCGAUUGGCCAAUCAUAGCGCAGCUUUACGGCGUCCCGAAAUUCUCUCUUAUUCAAGUUGAAUCCCUGUUCUUUUAGGGGAAGUGCUGUGAGCCACACAGAUGAUCCUUUUUCCGAAGCCACAUCUAAUAUACGCUGAAUUCUUGGUGGUGCACUCUCUCUAAUACGUUCUGCCCUCUCCUCCCACUCUUGCACUCUUUCUUUUCUAAAAGCUUGUUGCGCUGAUUUUAUAUGCGACUCGUCGGGUAGCUGAUGUAACUGCGCUACAAUCUGAUCAACAAGGGGUGCUGUCACUCUUUGACGACACAUACUGACGUUCUGCCUCAUGACUUGGAUUUUCCAAGCCCAGGCCACCCAGACGUGCUGGAAGUGCUAGAAUGUCCCGAUCGAAUGGCCAUGGAUUGCACUGGUGAUCUGUGAUAGCGGGGAUGAGAAUCUGCGAUAUUGCCUUUUCGAGUGGCUCUAGUAGGUCCUGGAUGUCUGGCAGGGUUCUUAGGAAGUAGGUCCAACGAUGUUUCAAACCAAAUGUGUAUGCGGCAUAGGACGCUUGUGGUUGGGACAGUGCAAAUUCGGCUAAUGCUGUCACUUCGUUGACCCAAUUAGAGACCUUCUCAUUAACAUAUUCCUCCAGAUACUCUCGUGAACCUAGCGCUGCUCCCAGAUGUUUCUGUCCAUGCACUGUUACAUUGAUAUCCGUUCCAUGGAAGACUUCUCUCACACUUUCUUCCUUUUCGGGCUUAACAAUAAUCCAGCAUCUCAUCUUUCGGAAAAUAUCCCAAGUUUGGACCAAGAGUAUUCAAUGCAUCCCACCAAUCUUUGAUUUGUGUCACACGACCAGCUCCACUCGCAUCGUCUGCGAACCAACACUGCUUCACGGUAGAUGCGGCCUGUAGACUCGUGAUCAAAGGCGGGGUACUUAUCGCAUAAAAGGCCAUUGCCAAACGAUCUCCUUGUGUGGUUCCUUCUGCUGAUGCAAUCUCUCAAUAACAAUAAUAAUAAUAAUAAUAAUAAUGAUAAUAAUAAUGAUAAUAAUAACAUUUAGGCCCCAGCAACUGUUUGGGUCUUGUCUGACCGCUUAUGGGCAACCAUAUUUUCCGAAAUGCUCUGGCAAGGUUAGAACCUUGGAUUAUAGCGCUAACCCUCGGUUAACAUUUAACAUGCUGUUUCAGUUUAUGUAUUUCUGUACGGACAAGAUUUCUGAAGAAAUAUUUCAAUAUUUAUAAAUAAGCUGUUGGGAAGUCGGCUUCAAUAUAGGUUCUGGGGGCUAAUCGGUUUUCGAACAACUGGUCCCAGGCCCUGCCCGAAAAGACGCUCGAUAGAAACGAAGCUGUGCACGUUUGUGCACGUGCUUUUGUUCAAGGCGAAAAACUAUUAUAUGGAAACAUACGUUUAUUUUAUGGAUAGGCUGGGGUUUUUUCCUAGAUAGUAAAUAUUACUGUUAGUUUAAAAAUAUUAAAAAUGCAGGCAUUUCUCAACCCUGGCCUCAACUCCUCAAGUACAAAAGCGACUUUAAUGUGUCACCGUGGAGCGCUAUUUGUUAAGUGCGUUUGUUUUCAUCAAGACAAAGCCUUAACACUGCCGCAGCUCUCCCAAACAGGCCAUACUGCACCCUUCCUCGGCUACCACUCAAACUGGAUCCAUAUCAAGUUGAAUCUAUCAAGUGUUGCAUUGCUUGCAUUGUUGCCCAACAUUAGCAAUAUCUACAGUAUAAAUCAUUCUUUUGACUUUGUGUUGUUCUUUUCGAAAGCUGUUGAUGUGUCUGUUAUUAACAUUAUUGGUAUUGACACGAACAAGAAAGUUUAUGGUAUUGGGAACGAUAAGAAGGCUUACAUGAAGUAUUUCGAAGUAGCAAAUGAAGGGAAAUGGCAUUCGAUAUUACCAGAUGUGUGGAAGGAAGCCAAUGCAACAUUGCCUGUGAACAAUGUUAUUACUGUUGAAGCUGAUUAUGCUCAUGAAUCAGACCCUGAACCUGGAAAACAGCACAACAUUGGGAAUGGGGAGAAAUGGGGAGGUUGGUAGAACUAUACUUAUUGAUUUUCUAGCCGUAAGGAUGUGAUGAGCAAUGGUCCUUGAUUUUCUAGAAGUUGACAGUUAUCCUUGAUAACUAUAUAAUCUUCACAAAAAGGUGUUGUUAUUAUUUCGGAAAGUGUUAAUUGUACUGUAAAGAAAGAAGUUUAAUAGGGCGUUUACGAAAGUUUAAUAGGGCGUUUACGAUCUGCGACGCGGCAGGCUCAACGACGCGGUCUAAUUAUUUCAGCUCAAGAAUGAGCGGUAAGCAAUUUGAUUAUUGUAAUAAAUAUUUGACGCUUUUUCAAAUAACCUUACAAACUGCUACGUUCGGCUAAGGGAUGCAUGCAAUGUUUGCUGUAAUUUCGACUUUAAGUAGCACCUCUUGUGUCGCAUUAAGCUUUCACGUUGACUGAAAGACGUAAUAAUGCUUGUUUAACGUUGUGUUGAGAAUGACAACGCGGUUGUCAAUACCCCUGGGACCACGAAUUAUUGACAGUUUUUGUCUUGCAUGACAAAUUUUUUUGUAAGUUCUUUGUAGGUUUGCAUGGCGAUAAAACAUAUAAUACUAUUGUUUGUGGCAACACCAAAUUUCUUUGUUUUGAAAGCGCGUCGUCGAGCCCGCCGCGUCGUAGCCUGCAUGGCAGGCGGUCUAAUUUCCCAGGCUUGCCCAAUUUUAGGAACCGCCUGCCAUGCAGGCUAGCCGCGUCGUAGAUCGUAAACUCCCUAAUGUUGUUUGACGACUUCAACCGUAUCGUAGAUUCGUAAGGUACUGUAGAGUAGCAUUUUUCUAGUUGUGUCGUAAGUUGAGUCACGAUCUUUCUCAUCAGCCGAAAUACCACAUUUUUAAUAGAACUUAAAAUACGCGGAGUGAUAAUAACUAGAGAAUUACUCAUGAUUUAUAUGUGGUUUACAGGUAUAUAUAAACUAUUACUGAAACUGGCCUUUGAGAAAGUCGUGACUCUAUUUUUACGACCAUUACGACCAUAUGGAAAGCAGGUUUUGCAUGCUAAGAAAACAAAGAAAUACGCUAUACGUUUUGGUACGAUACGAUUGAAAUGGCAAACAGUCUUUUAAGCUGAUUGGUAAAGUUAAUUGUCACAAAUGGUUUGGGUGAAACGGUACAUGCAGUUUUGUUGACGGCGAUUCGAUGAAUACAAAAGGUGGAAUGGCAGUAUGGCUUGCGGAAUGGCCGUGUGGAAUUUUAAAAGUUAAGGAUAUGAUAUAGCCUACAGCUCAGUAUAGCAUUUCGCCUUUUGCAUUCACUGGGUGAUGGAACAAUGCCUGUAUUCCUCAAAUUAGUUUCUUUGUAAUCAUUACACUAUUGUCUAUUGUUUUUCAGCUAACAAACUUGGCGUCUUCCACCUCCCUUCUUCAAAUGGUCAGUGGACACGUAAAGCAUGUUGGGACUGUUUGCGCUGACCAACAACAUUCGUUUGAAACUUCUUAUUUCAUUUUACAUUUUGGCACUUUAUAAUGUUUGAUAUUGCACGGCUAUUUGUAGUUUUAUUUAUAUCAUUUACCAAUUAAGAUAGGCAAUAAUACGUACAGUAAACUUAAGCUGAAAGAUUGAAUGUAUAGGCAACGUCAUAUGUAGGCCUUACCAUGCAGUUAAUGGUAAUGUAUUUAAUCAAUUGCAUUAUUAAUAAUGUAUUAAUGCAGUGUAUGAUAUACACUGUAUAUCAAUAAAAAUUGGAACAAAAUCGAACCUCUGUUACUAUGAACUAUAAUCAAACAUUGGUUAUAACGUCUGUACUUGAAACCGCA